AUGGAUGUGCAACUCUUUGUCUAUGACCUCUCACGAGGCUUGGCUCGUCAAAUGUCUAUGGGCAUUCUGGGCUUCCAACUCGAUGCCAUAUACCACACCUCAAUAGAACUCAACGGCAAAGAGUAUGUCUACGAUGGAGGCAUCAUCGCGAUCAGACCGGGCUCCUCACAUCUCGGUCAGCCACUACAAAAGAUUCCGCUUGGCAAGACGAAUCUGCCUAUCGAUGUCAUUGAAGAGUUUCUCGAUUCUCUGAGACCAAUCUUUACAUUAGAGGCAUACGACUUGUUUCAUCACAACUGUAAUAACUUCUCAGAUUCGUUCGCAAACUUUCUGCUAGGAAAAGGUAUUCCCGAGCACAUCGUCAAGAUGCCACAAGCUGUUCUCGAUUCGCCCAUGGGUCGAAUGUUGCUUCCUCAGCUUACUCAAGGGAUCAAUGCCGGAAGACAGGGUGGCUCUAUUCUCGGGCUACAGGAGAGCUCUCAGGCACCAGUUGCAGCACCAAAGCACGUUGUCAGGAACAUUGCCAACGCAUCUGAAUUUGAUCGUUUGAUGAGCGAGACAAAGAACUCAUGCGCGGUCAUCUUCUUCACAUCAGCUACGUGUCCGCCUUGCAAAACGCUCUACCCAAUCUAUGACGAACUCGCGGAGGAAGUUGGCGAUAAGGCGACUCUCCUGAAAGUCGACAUUUCGCAACCUCAGCAGCAUGAAAUCGGAAGUCGAUACUCGAUCAGGGCAACUCCCACUAUUGUGACUUUCCUUCAUGGCAAGGAAGAAAACAGGUGGUCAGGGGCUGACCCAGCUGCUCUUCGAGGCAAUAUACAGCUUCUCGUCCAGAUGGCCCACCCUGUUCAUCCUCAUGAGCGACUACGUCUUCCUACUUUUUCAAAUCCGAAUGCAAAGCCAGUACUUUACACAAAGAUUCCCCCGUUGGAUAAGCUCAUGGUGAAGAUGGGUUCUGAAGUUGCCAGUAAGCCUGAGGUCAAGGCUCUCAAGCAAUAUCUGGAAGAUCGAACAAAGAACGGCCCCUCAAGUGCAGUUAUUCCCGACAUGGGCCAUUUGUCGAGCCUCAUCAAAGAUUCAGUCGCAUCACUGCCCAUCGAUAUCCUCUUCACUAUUGUCGACCUGUUCAGAUGCGCACUCUCAGACCCUAGAAUCAGUGGCUUCUUUGCGGAAGAGAAAAACCACGAAACAGUUCUUGCCGUACUAGAGUCCGUUGCUCAAAAGACUGACUGCCCUUACGCUCUGCGUCUCGUCACACUGCAGAUGGCCUGCAACUUCUUUUCAACGCCCCUGUUCCCCGACGAAAUCAUGCGGGACAGCUCGUUGCGCGCGGUAAUCAUUCUUCUUGUCUCAUCUAGUUUCCUGGAUGAGAGCCACAACAAUGUGAGAGUUGCAGCUUCAUCGCUUCUUUUUAACUUAUCACUGGCAAACCGAAAAGCCAGGAGCAGCUCAAAGCCAACUUUGUCCGGAGAUGAUGAUCUAGAACUCGCCGCGUCAGUAGUGGAGGCCAUAUCUCUGGAGGAAAAGUCUGCAGAGGCAUUGCAUGGGAUGUUGUUGGCUCUAGGUCACUUGGUGUAUGGCACAUCACUUGAUGGAGAGCUGCCAGACCUUCUCCAGGCGGUUGGUGCACAAGACAGCAUUUUGGCAAAGAAGCCCAAGUUUCCUGAUGAAAAGCUAGUUACAGAAGUUGGUACCGAGCUGUUAGGCAAGGGGCUUAGGAAGCCUUAG